CUGUCAUAAGACAAAAAUCAGUCUUGUAACUUCAAAUAUUAUUAAAAAUUGUAUAUAUUUUGGAAAUUCGGAUUUUUCUGCGAUAAUGGAAACUAAUUUAGAAUACAAUAAAUAUGAUGAGAUUUUUACAUCUAUUUUGGAAAAAGAGAAAUCUAUUUUGGGAUUUUUAUCAGCUAUAUUCAACUUUCUAGCAAGACGCACUGACUUCUAUUACGUACAUGACGGUUUUCAUACAGACAUGGGUUUUCCGCCAGGUGUAGCGGAAGAAUUAGUUAUCAAAGUUUUAAGAAAGUGUGAUCCAAAAAACUGGUCUCUGGAUAAAGACAAACAUGCAGAAAUAAAUAAUGAAAUAAUGUGUUCCACUGUUGCACAGGAAGUAGAAGUUAUUGCUCAAGAAGAUGAACAAGAAGUUGAGAAUGGAGACAUCCCCAUCGAAACUGCCGAUUCAGUAAAAAAAACUGAUAUCAUGGAUGAUAGAUCUAUUUUCCCAGAAGAUUACGAGCCCCCUAUAAUAGUAACACAAAAAAAUAGUGAAUCUUAUAAUGGAGCAAUCAGAGAAAAUUAUACAUGGUCGCAAACUAUUAUGGAUAUAGAUGUAACAAUAAAACUACCACCAGAUAUAACAUCUUCAAAAGAUUUGAAAGUGACAAUAAAUCCUGGACACAUAUGUGUUGCUCGUCGCAAUGGUGAUAUCAUUCUAAAAGACAUUCUUCCCUUUAAAAUUAAGACUUUUGACAGUUUUUGGAGUAUCAGUGAAAAUCGACUGUUGAUACAUUUAGAAAAAGUUCAAGAACGUUGGUGGAAUAAACUAUUAAAUGAAGAAGAGGAAAUAGAUCUCUCCAAAAUUGAUUGUUCAAGGCCAUUAGAUGAACUGCCAGAAGACAGUAUUGCCAAGGUUAGAGAAUUGCAGUGGAACCAAGAACAGAAACUAAAAGGUCUCCCAACCAGUGAUGAAAUAAGAAAUAUUGAAAUUCUAAAAAAGGCAUGGAAUGCUGAAGGUUCUCCAUUCAGAGGGACAGAGUUUAAUCCAAAUAUUCUUAAAAAGUAAAUAAUAAUAAUUGUAGUUAACAUGACAUACAUUUAAUGUAUCAAUAGCAACAAUAAUACAUAAUGUAAAACAAUCA